AUGUGUUGGUGCCUGGAGAGCCGAUCAGCAGCAGAGAAUCUCCUCUACUCACUGGCAGAGACACUGGGGACGCUGAAGACCACCACCCCCACCACCACCCUCUUCCUGGUCCCCCAGGACCACCACCACCACCCUCUUCCUGGUCCCCCAGGACCACUACCACCCUCUUCCUGGUCCCCCAGGACCACCACCACCACCCUCUUCCUGGUCCCCCAGGACCACCACCACCACCCUCUUCCUGGUCCCCCAGGACCACUACCACCCUCUUCCUGGUCCCCCAGGACCACCACCACCACCCUCUUCCUGGUCCCCCAGGACCACUACCACCACCCUCUUCCUGGUGCCCCAGAACCACUACCACCACCACCCUCUUCAUGGUCCACCACCACUACCACCACCCUCUUCCUGGUCCCCCAGGACCACCACCACCACCCUCUUCCUGGUCCCCCAGGACCACUACCACCCUCUUCCUGGUCCCCCAGGACCACUACCACCCUCUUCCUGGUCCCCCAGGACCACCACCACCACCCUCUUCCUGGUACCCCAGGACCACUACCACCCUCUUCCUGGUCCCCCAGGACCACUACCACCAUCACCCUCUUCCUGGUGUCCCAGGACCACCACCACCACCCUCUUCCUGGUGUCCCAGGACCACACCCACCACCCUCUUCCUGGUCCCCCGGGACCACUACCACCACCCUCUUCCUGGUUCCCCAGGGCCACUAA